AUCUAUUUUUGAUUAAUUAAAAAUAAAUGCAGGUUUCGUUUCCCAGCUUGGAAAAUUUAUGCCUCCAAGGAUUGGAAUUGAGGAUCAUAUGGCACCACCACCUUCCUGCAAAUUCUUUCUGCAAACUAAAAUCAUUGUAUAUCGGGAGUUGUGACAAAUUAUCAACUAUUUUCUCAUCCGAUGUACCGAAGAGAUUAUGCGCAUCACUUGAAUGGUUGCAUGUAUAUCGUUGUUGUGGUGUAGAACAGAUAUUCGAAAUUGGAGAAGUGAAGGUCGAUGCUGUAACACAUACCCAGUUCAGACAUGUGCAUCUUUGUCAGCUACCAAGACUGAAGCAAGUGUGUACCAGGGAUCCUCGUGGUAUUCUUACUUUUCAAAAAUUGCAGUCUGUGAAAGCUCAUAAUUGUCCGAACCUCCAAAAUUUGUUCCAAACUUCAGUGGCUAUGGAACUUCAGCAACUUGAAAUGUUGGAGUUAGACGAUUGCGGGGUAGAGGAAGUUGUAGCAUUUGGAGAGGGGGAUGAAGUAGUUCCCACUUUUGUGUUUUCUAGUUUAUCAACUCUUAACCUGUGGGAUCUACCAAGACUCAAAUGUUUCUACCCAGGGAAACAUGUGACAGAGUGGCCAAUGUUAAAAAAUUUUAGAGGGUAUCAUUUACGAGGAAUUAAAGAAACAAAUGUGGAGAGCCUUGGUACAUUUCCGGUUCAACUGCCGCUUUUCACCGUGGAGAAGGUCAUUCCUAGAUUGGAGAAGCUAUCAUUAACAAGUGAUGACAUUGCAAUGAUAUGUACUGGCCAAUUUCCAGAAGACCUCUUCUCCCAUGUUAAAGCUCUUCGGGUUCUCUGCUACCACAGUGAAUUGACGGUUUUUCCAUUGUUCUUCAUUGAAAGAUUCUUCAAUUUAGAAAAGCUUUUUAUAGGUUGCUCUUCUUUCAAGGAGUUGUUCCCUUCUGUAGCAUCUAUUGAUUGUCAGGAGAAAGAUGCAAGAUGGCAUUUACGUAUUAGAAAGUUGAAGCUGGAUGCACUUCGUAAUCUGAAGUAUAUAUGGAGUCAAGGCUCAGCAUCAGAUCUACUUGUUCAAAAUGUUGAAUCUCUUAAAGUGCUGCAAUGUGAUAAUUUGAUUAGCUUAUCAGAAUCUACACCAUCUUUCCGAAAUCUCACCACUUUGUUGGUAAAAAAAUGUCAACGGUUAAGAAAUUUAUUUUCAAUCGCAACUGCCCAAAAUCUGGUGCAACUCCAAAGUAUCACCGUAGAAAAUUGCCACUUUCUGACAGAAAUAGUUGGAGGCGAAGGAGAUGGAUUAGAUUUUGAAGAUGUGAUUGUUUUCAGCAAAUUAAAAGUUUUGAAACUUAAGUGCCUAACAAGACUUGCAAGCUUCUGUUCUGCAAAUUUCACAAUUAUGUUCCCAUUGUUGGAAGAAGUAAUGGUGGCUCAAUGUGCCAACUUUGAGACCUUCUGUCAUGGAAUCGUGAGGACUCCAAGCCUGCAGAGAAUACAAUUAACACAAGAAGAUGAUGUAGCGCGUCCGGUGGUUGAGCUGAAUGACGCCAUAAAUCAUGUGUACAAAGGAAAGGUUGGUUUUUCUGGGUUACAGUAUUUGGACCUCUCAGGCUUUCCUCAGUUGGUGGAAAUAUGGAACAAGAAUCCUCAAGAGAUCUUGGAUUUCGAACAGCUUUGUGUCCUUGAAAUUUGUAAUUGUAGUGACUUGAAGUAUCUCCUAACACCUUCCAUGGCUUUGAGUCUUGUUUCCCUCGAAGAGAUGAGAGUGGAAAACUGUGAAAUGAUGGAGCAAAUCAUCACAGAAGAGGAAGCUACGGAGGUAGAUGAAAAAGAGAUAAUAUUCCCACUGUUAAAAACCAUUAAUCUGGAAUCUUGUCCCAACUUGAGAAGUUUCUAUGUGGGAAAUUAUAAACUUGAGUGUCCAUCAUUGUCAGAGAUGAAUUUACUUGACUGUCCAAAGAUGGUUACAUUUGCCUCAACAUUUUCAACGGGGCAAGAGGCAGCAGGAGUAAGUGCAGAAAGGAUUGGAAAGGAAGUCAUCGACAUCCCUAUUGCACCCUUUUUCGGUGACCAGGUUGAGUUUUCCAGCUUUCUGGUAUUGAUGCUUUCGUCAAUGAAUAUGCAACAAAUAUUCCAAAAACAACUUUUAACAAUGUCUUCAGUUGUUCAUAGUAUAAAACAUCUGCUUCUGAAGGGAUGUGGCAAUUUGAAAUAUCUGUUUACAUCCUCAAUGAUUAAAAGUCUUGUGCAACUCCAAUUGCUUGAGAUUUGUGAUUGUGUGAUGAUGAAAGAGGUAAUAGUAAAUGAAGGAUUAGCAGGGGAAGAAAGUUUGUUGUUAGCUAAGCUUGAAAUCCUAACUCUUGAAGACCUUCCCAAACUCACAAGAUUCUGCUCUGGAACUUACUUUGAGUUCCCCUUCCUGAGAAGCCUUCAUAUAAUCAAGUGCCCUCUGUUGGAGACAUUCAUUUCCAGUUCUAAUGUUGGGGAAACGAGUGACAUGACAGAAAGUAAAAUAGUAGAAGGUACUUUUACAUCACCGCUUUUCAAUGCAAAGGUGGGAUUCCCCAGAUUAAACCACCUUGCACUCAAAGAUAUGGAGAGCUUGAACUUGAUAUGGGACAACCAACUUGAUGCAGAGAGCUUCCACAAGCUAGAUCGGCUUGUGGUGGAAUCCUGUGAAAAACUGUUGAAUAUUUUUUCAGUUAUUAUGCUUGGAAGACUUCAAAACCUACAAAAACUCAAAAUAGAAAAUUGUGUUUCACUAGAAAAAAUAUUUGAACUUCGAGGAUUGAAUGCUAGUGAAACACAAGCUUUGAAAAUUGGUCAAUCAAAUUCGUUCGGAGCAACCCCGAACUUCGUGUUUCCAAAAUUAACACACUUGCUACUUAAGGGGCUACCCAGUCUCAAGAGCAUUUGCCCUGGAAUUUAUUUUACAGAAUGGUCAUCAUUGAAAAAAUUGGUGGUAUUUGGAUGUAAUCAAGUGCAGAUACUUGCUUCAGAACUUCUGAGUUAUCAGAGAAAAUGCAGAGAGAACCAACUUGAAGACCAGAAUCAUCAGAUAGGAAAGAAACUGUCUUGGGUUUUCCAAUGUUUUUGGACGUGGAUGUUCAAGUCAAGCUUACUGGUCUGGAAUCGUUCUAGCUCCAUGUUGAACAUCCACAUUGUGUCAAGCCUUGUUAUGAUCAAUUUACUAGAUACUUUCUGUGAGGUUAAAAGAAAAAGUGAGAAGAAGAAAGAGGUGGAUCUCGAAAACAAACAGAAUAUAGCAACCAAUUUCAUCUUUUGCUUCAUAUUUCUUCACUACCCAUCAAUGCUUAAGAAGCUCAACAGAAUCACUAGGCUCAAUCUUGGGCAUUCUAUCUCCAUCACUGCAGCAUUUAAGCAAUACUCAACCCUCCCCUUAAACCCUUAUGCAAACCCCACAGAACCCUUAACAAAACCCCAGCUCAAGAUCGUGGUUCUCUCCCAAUACUCUCAUGUAAACUUCUCCAACCUUGUCCAGAAUGUCAUUGCUUUGCCCUCUGUCCUCCUCACUGCAUGCCAAACCUCACCAGUCCUGUCAACACAAUGCCAGAGACAACUCCGAUGCUCCCUCGUUUUCUGGAUUCCAUCUCCAAACGCUUCUCCAUAAUUGAAAUGAGUGGUGAAAUUUGAGAAAAUGAGUUUGAUAUUGAGUCUUGCUGUGUCAAAAUGACGCAAUGAAGGAAUAGAGGUGAGCCUCUGGUCCUGCCCAAUUUGAAAUUGAAGUUCUUGAUUGAAGCUAUGAGGAUGGUAUUGGAAAUUGUCUAUGAUGACCGGUUUGUCACAUUUUCUUACGGGGGCUGUGUUGGUAUGGGAAGGCACACUGCAAUUUGGUGCCUUAAAAACUCUGUACAAAAUCUAAGUUGGUGGUUUAAUGUUUCGUUUAACCGUGAGAACUUUCAGAAGUGUAACAUAGAUAAAUUGUGUUUGUUUAUUGGGGAGAAAAUUAAGGAUAUGAUGUUGAUUGUUAUGCUCAAGAGUCAAGGGGUUGUUUGAAUGUGAAGUAGUGAGAAUUGACCUGGGUGGGUGUUAUUUAGGAAGAGGAUUUCCUUAGGAAUCUGGCUUGUGUUCAAUUUUGAUUAAUAUUUACUUUGAUAGUUUGGAUAAAGAGAUCCAGGAUAU